AUACAUCCACAUUUCUCGCACUCUCUACAUUCUCUAUAAUUUAUCAUUGCUCACUUCAAAAUUUCUUAUUCCAAGUUACGACCCUUAAGUCCUUCGGUUUUACUUUUAAGCACGUUUCUCACACAUUGACUCCUAAUGCCCAUACGACUACGAAACUACACGCCAUCAAGUCGAGCCGAACCCUCCAAUACUUCACACUCGUGUUUCGUUACGCAUCACCCUUGUUACGUUGUUGAUGCCCUGAGUAGCAAUAACAUAACACAAGUAAUAAAUCACAAAUAAAUAAAUUUAAAAAUAAAAAAUAAAUAAAGUAAAAUAUAAAUAAUAAAAGCUAAUAUUAAUAUUAAUAAAUAAAAAAACAUAGUAAUCCACGAACCCUCUCCUUCUCCACCUCCAUAUAAAUACCACACAUCACCUUACUCCAUCAUUUCAUUCUUCUUCUUCCUCUUCCUCUUCCUCUCAUCUUUUCUCUCACUCCCAAUCUAACCCUAACCUAAUUCAAUUUUCCCCCCAAAUUCUCCCAAAACCUCAAUCCAUGGAAGCCGCCGUCUGCUUCUCCCCUUCCUCCACCUCCUCCUCCUCCUCCUCGCCCCCCAACAAGCGCAAGCUCGCCGCCGAGAAGCCCUACCGCGGAAUCCGUAUGCGCAAGUGGGGGAAAUGGGUCGCCGAAAUCAGAGAGCCCAACAAGCGCUCCCGAAUCUGGCUCGGCUCCUACUCCACCCCAAUCGCCGCCGCCCGCGCCUACGACACCGCCGUCUUCCACCUCCGCGGCCCCUCCGGCCGCCUCAAUUUCCCCGAAUCCGCCCCCGACUACGCCGCCGACCUCCAGAAAGACCUCUCCGCCGCCGCCAUCAGGAAAAAAGCCACCGAGGUCGGCGCCAGAUUCGACGCUUUGAUCGCCUCCGGCCGCGCCCCCGCCGCCCCGAUCAAAUCGGGCCGGGCCGACCACAAGCCCGAUUUGAAUGAGUAUCCGAGUCCUGAGUCUUCGGAGGAGAAUUGAGUUUGUUUUUUUUGGGGAUUUUUUAUUUUAAAAAAAAGGAGAUGUAUAUCUAUAAGGGGAAAUUGGAUUAUAGAGAAAAAAAUCUUGCUUGGUUUUAAAUGUAGUUUGGUGAUUAUUGGAGAUUAAACUGUCUAAUUCUUAGUUGGAUUAGCAAUGGGAAUUAAUUUUGUCGUUUUCUCUCUUUGGAAAAA